AUGAACGGCCGGCGGCGACGACGGCGAGACGAACGGCCGGCGGCGACGACGGCGAGCGGCGUUGCAGCCCACAGCUCCAAGAAUACGCGGAGGAGGUGGCCCGGGUCGGCGUCGGCGCCAUCCAGCGCGGGCCACGGGCCCGCUUCCAAGUGCGUCAGCGCGCCGACCACCCACGCCGGGUCCUCCAAGUGCCGCUUCCACCGCACCAACUCCCAGGGCCACGGCCACGGCCAGGGCCAGGGAAGCCGCCCUUCUUCGCCCCCUUCACCAGCCGCAGCCAACGCGGUGCCGCGGCACCCGGCCUCGCUGUCCUCGUCCUCCGGCACCGUCGCGACCUAG